UACUCACCAACCGAUUGUAAUAAUGAUUUCCGGAUCCCAUUCUUUUGACUAAAUUGUUCAAAUUGUCAAAUUGCAAACACCAGAGGCAGCGUCCAGCCUAUAUACAUACUUUUCCCCUGGACUCUUCCACGGAGUGGCGUGCGAUUCGCGGAAAAGUUGUGGGAACCCGUUUUCUCGGGAAAAUUUUCCACGCUUGUUACUACAGCGUACGCAGCACAUCUCUGAAUUACCUGUUUGUCGCAAAAUUCUUGUCUUCUAUGGAGAUAUUUACUCAUGAGAGCACACAUUUGCUUGUUUCUCUGUCAAUUGGAAGGUUACCAUUUUUCCUGUUUUGACCGUUUCUCACUCCAUGCCAAGGGGAGUGGGCAAGUUGAUUUUCCAAAAUCGCAUAGCUUCCCAAGAUUGAAUAGAAAAUAAGAAAAAGGGUAGAGAUUUUGUUUCGGGGCGGAGAGAGAGAGAGAGAGAGAGAGAGGUGGGUUUGAACAAAAGAUUUGCAAAUUUCGUCGCCGGGAAUCUCAGUCUUUCUCUGAAGAUCGAUAUUUAGGUAAGACCCAGUACAGUAACCCUUCAAAAGAGCAGGAAGGUUUCUUCGGAAGAUAUCAUCUGGUUAUAAAUUUUUGUUUGUGGGUUUGAAUCCGAACAGAUCUUUGAAAUCCACGUAAAACCCAGUUCAUUAGAUCAUUCAAACUGCUACAUCUCUCUCUCUCUCUCUCUGGAUGGGUGAAGAGGGAAUGGGAUGUGAUGUCAAGACCACUACUGCUGCGAAAACAAAUCCAAAACUAACACUCUUACCUCUUAUUGCUCUGAUCUUCUACGAUGUCUCUGGAGGUCCAUUCGGUGUAGAGGAUUCAGUCGGUUCUGGGGGCGGCCCUCUUCUAUCCUUGCUUGGAUUUUUAAUAUUCCCCCUAAUUUGGAGCAUCCCAGAAGCUCUAGUCACCGCCGAGCUCGCCACAAGCUUCCCUGAGAAUGGUGGCUAUGUUGCGUGGAUAUCAGCAGCUUUUGGACCUUUCUGGGGUUUCCAGGAAGGCUUCUGGAAAUGGUUUAGCGGGGUUUUGGACAAUGCCCUUUACCCCGUUUUGUUCCUAGAUUACUUGAAACAUUCAUUUCCCAUCUUUAAUCAAUUGGCUGCUCGAAUUCCAGCCCUUUUGGGAAUUACAGUUUCCUUAACAUACUUGAAUUAUCGUGGUCUGCACAUAGUUGGAAUGUCCACUGUUUUCCUUGCAGUUUUCUCCCUCUGCCCCUUUUUAGUAAUGGGUAUUCUUUCAAUUCCAAGAAUAAGCCCUCAACGGUGGGUAGUUGUGGAUUUCAAGAAGGUGAAUUGGAGAGGGUACUUCAAUAGUUUGUUUUGGAAUCUAAAUUUCUGGGAUAAGGCAAGCACCCUUGCAGGGGAGAUUGAAAACCCAACCAAGACAUUUCCAAAGGCGCUUCUUGGGGCUGUGGUUUUGGUGGUUUUAUCCUAUUUGAUUCCGCUUCUUGCUGGUACUGGAGCUCUAAAUUCGGUAGCAGGUGAGUGGACUGAUGGGUACUUUGCCGAAGUUGGAAUGCUGAUAGGAGGGUUUUGGCUGAAAUGGUGGAUCCAGGCAGCAGCUGCAGUGUCUAACUUUGGGUUGUUUGAAGCUGAGAUGAGCAGUGAUGCAUUCCAACUUCUUGGGAUGAGCGAGAUGGGAAUGCUCCCAUCUAUAUUUGCCUCAAGAUCGAAGUAUGGGACACCUACAGUCAGCAUCUUGUGCUCUGCAAGUGGGGUGAUCUUCUUGUCAUGGAUGAGCUUUCAGCAAAUUUUGGAAUUUCUCAAUUUCUUAUAUUCUAUUGGGAUGCUUCUCGAGUUCGCAGCCUUUAUAAAGUUGAGAAUAACAAAGCCAGAUCUCUGUAGACCGUACAAGGUUCCUCUGGAAACAUUUGGAGUUACGAUGCUUUGCCUGCCUCCUGCAUUGUUGCUCCUCCUUGUCAUGUGCUUGGCUUCUGUACAGACAUUCUUGGUGAGUGGCAUUGUUAUUAUUCUGGGUUUCUUCUUCUACUCAGCCUUAGUUUAUGCAAAGAAUAGGAAAUGGGCAAGCUUUGUUAUGGUGCAACUAGCUGCGCCUUCUGAUAGCAACAUUGAGAGCCCUUCACAACUUCAUGAAGUUGCCGAUGAGGCUUCGCUUAGUCUUCUUGCAGAGCAAGAAGUCUCAAACCUUGUCAGAAGGAGUCAUGAAAUCCAAAAAGAAGAAGGUCCUUGAUGUGCCGUUGUCCUUGACAUACUGUUGUACUGCAAUAACAGGUAUAUUUAACUAACAAGGUGGUCAAAUUCUGUAAAAUAAAUUUUUUCUUCAGGCUUGGGCUGGCUCUUUUAUACUAUACUAACUUAUAACUCAUAAAUACCAUGAAUUGAAUUUGCAAUGAUAUUUUUAGGUUUGUUGUUA